CGGAAACACAGGACCCGACAGCCGAUGCGCUCGGUAUAGCCCUCCUCGCACUCAUGGACAGUACAAGUCCUAAACGACCUCGUCUUCAUACACUUGCUAUAUCGCCUAUCGUUUCCCCUUCUGCUUCUCCCCAACAGUCAACGUCGGCACUACCCCAGGGACAUGCGAGACACUGCUCGUAUCCUCACCCUCAGCCGAGGCGCAAGGCAAGGUCUGCUUGGAGCUCGAGGAAUAGCUCGCCCUCCCGUUCGGUAUCUUACAGCGGUGCUGAGGGGAGCGGUUCGGGAGGUGGUGCAGGUGGGGGUGGGGGUAUGGGCGCGGGUGCGGGGGGAGACGGCGAGGCGAUCGGGAACCGACCGAGGAGCAAGAGUCAUACGAGUUUGUCACAGUACUUUGGCACUUCGCCCGUAGUGCCGCACGACAUUUCCUCGAUUUCCCUCCCAGUGGGGUACGAUCCCCGUCCGGAGGGUGAGGAAGAAGACGAUACCGAGACGGACGCGGAGACAGUGCGAGGUCGGGAAACAGAGGGCGAAGGUGAAGAGACAGAAACAGAAGCAAGACGGGCACUCCUCUUCCCUCCCGCCGCUCCCUUUUCCCGCGCUAAGAGCCUAACGGACAUGCCUACUCUCUCGGGGCUCUCCUACCCUCCCCAACCUCCUGCCUACUCCCGUGCCGACCCCGCGUUCACCACUCUGGACGGACAUGCCGGACCUUCGGUACCCAUCCUCCCCCCGGUGCAUGGACUGGAUAUAGGGAGGGGCACAGCUAUUCCAGGACGGAAAGAGGCGUGGAGGGUUACGCUGGAAGACGUCAACCUGCGUCUGCUGAAUCGGGGGCGUAAUCGACGUGCCAAAACAGUCCGAAGCGACACCGAGACCGAGACCGAACCGCUCCCGACGGCGCGCAUCCCUCCACCUAAACCGCGCUCCGACCGACCGCCCCUAGCACGCCUAGUCCCCCUAUUCAUGUUCUUCUGUCGCGGCCUAUCCAUCGUUCCCGCCGUGCUGGGCACCUGCUGGCACCUCUAUCUCGCGUACAAGAUCCCUUGGCGGUGGGGCCCUUUUAGCGAGAAUGGGGUGUUUAGGUUUGGCCCGGUUUCACCGGGAAGAGAGGGGGAAGAUAUCGUCGGCAUGGGAGGGAUGGACCAUGCGAUUGUUUCCUGCUGGAGCAUCGCCACAGGCGUAUGGUGCUACCUCCUAGCCUCAGGCCUCCUCCGCCGUUGGCUAACAUACUAUUCCCUCUUCCCCACCCUUAUCCGGCAACUCUCCCUUCAAGCAAUCUGCUGGUCCUCCACCCAUCUUACAAUCCAGGUCUUCGGCCCCUCCCGCCCACUCACAGCCUGGGUCGUAAUAGGCACCACGACGUCCAUAUCGCACAGCGUGCAGAUCUGGGUCACGUCCAACAUCCGCCUGGCGAGCAAGGACGAGCGCGAGAGCAGACGAUGGUUCGCCGUCCCUUUGGGCCUGGAUUAUUGGCUUGGGAAGAGGAAGAUGGAUUGGGCCAAAGUGGUGAGGCAGAGUGGGAUCCCGCUGUUUGUCCUGUAUUUCGUGACGUGUUGGACUAUGCUCUUGGAUCGGGAACUGAUCAGCAGGUGAAGGGGAUGCCGGGAGCUUGGAAGUACGAAAAUCUCGGAAUCUGAAUUACGAACUCGACGAACG